AUGAAUGAUAAUCCAACUGAUGAUGUGAUACGAAAUAUUAUCACCAGGUAUGAAUGUGAGGAAGAUGAAUUUUUACGAGAAUUGGAAGGAAUGCAAAGGCAAAUUCCCCGGAGAACUUCUUCAUAUAGUGAAGAAGUUCCAAUACUUGGAGCAUUGUGUAGCUUGGUUGGCGAAAUUAGCAAACUUCGCCGCGAGAAUAAAGCAUUACGUUAUCAGCUUAGCGUGAUAAUUGAGCCAAAACGUAGCGUUGUUCAUCGUGUUAGUGCUAUAUUGGAAGGACGAAGUAAUAUUAUUCCAAAAAUUAUGGGACGACGAACUUUUCAACAAUGUGAAAUACAAAAUGGCGCACACGAACGUUUGUCAACACCACCAUAUAAGGAGAAUCUAACAACAAGUUCCUAUUCAACUGAUAUUUCUUCGGAUGUAUCAGAUCCACUUCGUACAACAUUGACACCAACGCGUCAAAUUCCUGUGCCACCAACAGUUUUGCCAGAAUUGUCUGAUUCUGAUGCAGAGCAUUCUAUUUUUACAGAAGUUGCAUUACCAAAUUACGGAAAUGGGAUUAAUGACGUACGUAGUGGUCGCGCCGUGAUGAGACGUUCCAAGAUAUCAUCAUUGUCAAAACGAACAAGUAUAUCAUCAGCAUCAUCUCGUGAUCACUCCGAAAAUAUGGUACCAGGUCGAUCAGGUUUCUUCGAAAUAAUUGGUUUAAAAAAGAAGAAAGAAAAAUCAAUUGAAUCGAAAAAAGAAACAAUAACAUGUAAAGCAAUAUUAAAGAAACGAAAACGCAAAAUUAGCGAAAGUAGUUCAGUUCAUUCCAGUGACAAUAACACACCAAGUGAUAAAUGGAGUCUUUCCUCGAUGACAAGUAAGAAUAGCAUAGCAACUGACAAAAGCGCCGCACAUGAUGAAUCGUAUGAUAAUAAACAUUCGUUACUUCAAGCACCUAAACAAUAUCAUAUUCAACGUCAACAUAAGGAACAAGAAAAUAAAAAAAACUCUCAUGAUAAGAAUUCAACAACAGUCAGUGAAGAGAGUGAUAAUGAUCAUCAUGGGCGGUCAAAUAGCGCUCCAAAAAAUAAUCGAGCAAUUCAUGAUGAGAAUGAAAUAGUACGAAAUGAAUUGGUAAUGACGAAAAAUCGAAAUAAUCGAUUGAUUGAACAAUUACGUGAAAAAUCGAUGGAACAUUCAAAACUAAGAACAGAAAUGAGUACACUUCAAAAGCAAAUUGGAAUAUUACGCAAUCGAUGUCGUCUUAAUGAAGCACUGGAAAAAUUAUCAGUUAAUGAUCGUGUAAUCACAAAAGCAACAGCUACAAUUAAUACUGUAGAAGAGAAAUUAAAAAUUUUUGAUGAUAAACUUAAAGCAGUGAAAGCAGAAAUGAUGAAAAAUGGUGAAGCGAUUAUUAAUCAAUCAUUUCGAGAGCAAAAUGCUUAUCAAUCAUGUUUAGAACAUAUUGAAAGAUUGCAACGCGAUAAUUUCACGAUGUUACAAGAUAAAGGAUCAGAUAUUGGCAAUUAUGAUCAACGUAUUCGUCAAUUGCUGGAAAUAAUGCCUUCAUAUGAUGCACUCUAUUCAUUUACUAUUAGCAUAGUUCGAAAGUUAGGCCAACUUCGUACUUCUUACAUUGCGAAGAAUAUUUAUGCUAAUCGAUCAGAUUUUGAAGUAAUGCAUGCGCAAUCAUCCUUACUUAUAAUUCAUGCUCAGCUGGAACGAUUGAAAUUGCAACUUUAUGAAGUUACACGACGACGGCCAAUACGACCUGCUUCAUAUCACGGCGAUGAUUUAUUGCAAAAAAUAAUUAAACCACAAAUGAAUUUAUUGUUACCAUUUAAAUUACAUGGAGCACGAAUUCAAAAAUAUCGUCGUUCUGAUUCUUGUGCUAUGGAAUCAGAAAUUGAAAAAAACGAACAAAGCAUUGAAAAUGAAUUUUUGCGAUUGUUCGAUUAUGCUAGAUGUUUAUCUCGAAUAUCAGAAUUUACGGGAGUAAAUAAAGCUCAUCUUGAAAGCGCUGGCAUUUCAAAUUCUGGUUCACAUAUUAGAGAUGAUUUACAAAAUGUUAAUAUUACAGUAGAAAAAGAUGCUUCAAUACGACAUCGAGAAGAACAGUUUAGAAAUUCUUCCAGUAAAAUCUACAAAACACGAAAAAAUUACAAAAGUCAAUCAGCUGGACGACCAAUUAGUUUGGUGGAAACGGAAGGUGGAACGUUAACAACUGGAAAUAUUCCACAUUUUAGUGAUUGUUUAGUUAAAAAAAUUGAAAAUAAUGUGGGAAAGUCAUCUCCCAUGCUAAACUUGCAUCCAUUAAUAAAUUACAAUCAUACACGACCAAUUGUUUCAUCAUUACAAGAUGUGUGCAAUAAUGUGAUUCGUGGUCCAUAUUCAACUUCAGUGAUCACACAUCGAACGAAUUUAAAUGAACCACAAACUAUUAGUCAUGAGUCAUUGGAUUUAUUUGGAAAUGAAUUACCAAAAUAUGAUGUUCCACUCUCUCACAAUAACGCUAGCUCAUCAGAUUAUGGUGCUAUCAGUACUAAACAGCUUUGUUCGGAAAAACAAACAAUAAUAUCGAAACGAUCUGCUGCAAUUAAUUCAUCUAGAUUACCACAUUUGCGCAAAAAUGUAAAUCAUACUAUUUCACCACCAUUGCUUAGUGAUUGUGAUAGUCGCAGUGCUUGUCAGUUACGACAUAAUCCUGAAACUGUCGGGAUCAUUCGAGAGAAAAAUGCUGGAUCGACACUUUUGAAAAAUGUUGAAAAAAGUCGACUUCCAAAAAUAUCAUCCAUUUUAACGGAAAAAAAAAAGUGCACUUCAUGGUUGAGUCGAAUCAAAGUGACUAAAUAA